GAGAGAGGAAGGGAGGUCUGCCUGUCUUUCUCUCUUUCAGUAUCUGUUCUUCGGAUGGCCGGUUCGAUAUUUUUCACUUUAUUGUUUUUGUUGUUUGUUUUUUCCAUUCGUCACUGGAAGAUGUUUUCCUGUCUGCCUGUCUUCCUGGUUUUCGUUGGGAUUUUGGGGUUCUCAGGAGGAAACUUCACAACUCGGGAUUCCUUGCUCGACGCAGGUUCUGGGGAAUACAACUACUACUCUGAAACACAGGACUCAGGACAAGAAAUGUCAACGAUUUCAGAAGAGGAUUCCACAACUCUGAUAAGAGAGCAACCAUACAACGUCACUCAGAAGGCACAGCCUCACACCCUGCUGUUAAUGAAGCGGUAUUGGAUUCUGCUUGUGACCCCGUUCUGCGCUGUGAUUAUCGGGGCACUGCUAUUCACCCUCACUCUGCACCUGCAACACAGGAGAGAGCUUAAAUAUCGACUACAGGAGCAGAAGAAACAGGAGAGAAUGAAAAUCUUUCGCAGUUUCUUUGCAGAGAAGACCAAUGGGAAUGGCUUAGAUUCACACAGCUUCCAGCACAAUGCUGUACACAGAGAUCAGGAUGAUGCUGUCUCUUAUGAAAAUGUGGAUAAUGGCGACUCAAAUCUGAUUCCAGCCCUGCAGGAAGACUGCAAUGUCUACAUGAAGGAGGAAGAGGAGGAUUACGUCAUUCCCGACGACAAUGAGACUGAGGCUGAGGGAGAGGGGGAGCGAGAGAUGGCGGGAGGGGAAGAGAGGAAUGCAUUGCUUCGGGAGCAAGAACUGAGCUACCCAGAGAGCCAGAAGGAAAGAGAUGGAGAGUCCUAUGAGAAUAUGGAGAGUUCUGUGUAUGCAGUCCCAUUCAGUUGUGGCGCCCCCCACAGUACAGACCGGGUAACUGAACAGGAGGAGGAGGAAGACGGGGAGUCCUAUGAGAAUAUGGAGGGAGACAGCGCCACACUCUGGACAAACAGGGAAACUGAACCAGAGGGAGCAGGAGAAGAAGACGAAGAUUCUUAUGAGAACAUGGCGCCCUCCCCCCAAGUCGAUAAAAGUGUUUUUCAGAAAUCAGAGAGUGGGAGCGUGCGCUACGAGAAUUUCACACGGAAAAAACUGGAGCCACUGACUCACAGACACUGACACACUGAGACACAGACACACACUGAGACAGACACUGACAGACACACACAUACAGUGUCACACAGUGACAAUUAAAACAAAAAAUCUGAAACAAUAAAAUACAUUAUUAAAUAGUCAAUUUUUAUACACUUAUAUUUCUUUAGGUCUUAUUUCUUAUGGUCACACAGGGACACAUCUGCAGGCUGGAUCAUUUGCUUCCCUGGUCUGAAGCGGGUGUGUUUUUAAUAGAAGUUUCGAUAGUCAGAAUUCAACUCAGAAUGUCUGCAGAGAGUUGAUGACAAGGUUCGUAUGAGAAAAAACUCGUUCUAAUUCUGCAGUACUGUUUGGCAACAUAUUCAAGGCAAACUUGGCAAGUGUAGGAAAGCGCGGCUCUUCGCUAGGUGGACAAGAGCGCAAUUCUGUGCCAGUUUUUAUCAGCCGCCAGAUCCGUCUAAAAUCCGUCAAGUCAGUACUUGGUACUGCAUAAAUUCAAUUUCUAGGCUAUCCAGCAUAUUUCAAUCUGUAAUCUCGCUGUGCUUUGGCUACUUGGUUGAAGAACGCGUGUAAUCUUUCAGCACAGUGUUGUUAAUUGGCAUUCUUCUUUUGAUACUUUUCACUGCCAUCACAUAAGGUGCAGGUAUAUGGCCAAGAAAGCCACAAAGCAAUAAAAAUAUACUAUUAUAUUAUAUAUUACGGGUUAACAGACAUAUUGAAAUUAACAGACAGUUGGCAGCUCUGACACACACAGAUACACACUGAGAUACAGACAUGCACACACUGAGAUACACAGAAAGAAAGAACGAUAGAAUUGUUCAAUUAACCUCAAAAUGAAGAAAAAAAUCUCCCUAUGUGCUUGUUGAUUUUAUUAUUUUGCUUGGUUUUUUUUGUAAAGAAAGCGUACCUGUUUACUCUGGAGGUAGUUCAAAUCUGUGUCAUGCAGUUUAUUCACUUUUAUGUUCACUCUUCUGCACUGUACAAUAAAACAUUUUAUCACACCUCAAAUAAAUAAAUAUUCAUAUA